CACUUACUUUUUGCACAUCUGUAACUUGUACCUGUAAGCGGUCAAGACCAGCAAGAAUUCCACGUGACCUCUGUGCAGUUCAUAUAAAGAUGACAUCACUCGCUACCUGUCAUUUGUAAAACAUGUUUACUUGUUUACUUGUUUUCCCUAUGAGGGAUGCACAAUACAGUGUGUCCUACAUUCUUUCACCGCUAGGUGGCUAAGGUCUUCUGCCUGGUGACAGCUCGGUGAGUACCACACCGUGUCACAUGUUCAGAAGGCGCGUUUCUCAUUGGAUCGAUGACGCCGGGGAAGUUGUUUUUGUUGGAAGGCAAGGGACCUUUCAGUUAAAAAAAAUCGGUGGGGGAUUUAAUCUUAGAUUUAGAACUUCGAGUAACUGAAAGGAUUGUAUAACUACAUCUGUGGCUGCUGGUUAAGAAGCAGGAAUUUCACGUCGUGACCGCAUGUUCAACUGUGCGCCUUCGUUCCUGGAACGAUGGAGGAACGAGCUCGGAGCACUCUGCUUCGCUCUCGGGCAAGCUUAGAGGAGGACAUCAAAGCAGCUUACCUGAUGGAUCACAUGAUUACUGAUGGGGUGCUGACCGGAGAUGAGGAAGGGAGAGUGCUAAGCAAGUCCACCAGGAAAGAGCAGGCUGCUGCCCUGUUGGAAGUUCUGCUUUGGAAGGACAACCGCGCUUACAUCUCCUUCUACAACGCCCUGGUCAGGGAGAGCUAUGGAGACCUGGCCAGCCUGCUCCACCCAGACCUGCCGCUGGUCUCUCCCGAGGCCCAGAAGAGCUUCUCAGAUGGGGGCACGUCUCUGGUCCAGACGGUUCUGAGUGAGGGUGGUGUACCCCAGAGGCCCGUGGUGUUUGUGAGUCGGCCCCCGCUGCUCAACCAGGUGCGGGCCAAACUGUACCAGCUGCAGCGCGGGGCCGGCUGGGUCACCGUCUACGGCAUGGCCGGCUCCGGGAAGUCCGUCCUCGCCGCGGAGGCUGUGAGAGACCACGCCCUCAUCACAGAGUGCUUCCCUGACGGGGUGCAGUGGGUGUCGGUGGGGCAGAUAGAGCGGGGCGACCUGCUGGUGCGGAUGCAGUCGCUGUGCUUCCGUCUGGAGCAGAGUCAGAGUCAGAACCAGAGCCAGGAGUCGGGCCACCGGCCGCCCUGCUCCCUGGAGGAGGCCAAGGAGCGCCUGCGCUUUCUCAUGCUGCGCCGGUACCCCAGGUCCCUCCUUAUUCUGGACGACAUCUGGGACAGCUCUGUCCUCAAGGCCUUUGACAUCCAGUGCAGAGUCCUGCUGACCACCAGAGACAGAAGUCUGGUUGACUCCGUCAGCGGCCAGCGGUCUGAAGUGGCCGUAGAGAGCGGUCUGGAGGAGGACAAGGGCCUGGAGAUGCUGGCGCUCUAUGUGAGCAUGAAACCGCAGAGACUGCCUGAACCGGCCCGCAACAUCGUCAAGGAGUGCAAGGGUUCCCCGCUGGUGGUGUCCCUUAUCGGGGCUCUUCUGCGCGAGUUCCCCGACCGCUGGGACUACUACCUGCGGCAGCUGCAGAGGAAGCAGUUCAAGCGCAUCAGGAAGUCGUCGUCGUACGACUACGAGGCCCUGGACCAGGCCAUGGACGCCAGCCUCCAGGUGCUGCAGGCCGACCACAGGGAGCUCUACUCCGACCUCACCGUCCUGGAGAAGGACGUCAAAGUGCCUGCCAAGGUGCUGUCGGUGCUGUGGGAUGUGGAGCAGGAGGAGGUGGAGGACGUGCUGCAGGAGUUCGUCAACAAGUCGCUGCUGUUCCGCGACUGCAACCAGCGGCCGUACCUCUACUACCUCCACGACCUGCAGCUGGACUUCCUCACCGAGCUCAACCGCACACGGCUCUCUGAGCUGCACACUAAGGUGGUACGGCAGUACCAGCGGUACUAUAAGACCGGGCCGCCCGUCUCUGGUGACACCGAGAGUCUCUACUGGCUGCGGUUCCUGACUCAUCACAUGGCCAAAGCCGGCCUAUCAAAGGAGCUGUACUCCCUCAUGUUCUCUCUGGACUGGGUCAGAACUAAAGCCCGGGUCAUGGGCCCUGCUCACCUGAUCAAUGACUAUGUGGAGUACGCUGCCCUGCUAGAUAAAGAGAACGGUGAUGUGCGAGGUGAGUUCCAGGCGUUCCUGUCUCUGUCGGGGCACCAUCUGGAGCAGAGGCCCUUCCCUGACGUGGUGCAGCUGGCCCUCUCUCAGCCCGACUCCUCCGAGGUCUACCGGCAGGCCCGGCUGCAGGCGCAGGACCGGGCCCACCAGGGGGCGCUCUACGUCGACUGGGUUAACAAGAGCAGUCUGGAGAGUCUGUCUCGGUUGGUGUUGCAGCCCCAUCAGGGUGUGGUCUACUACGCCUGCUUCUCCCACGACGGCAGCAAGAUCGCCUCCUGUGGGGCCAGCAAGAAACUGCGGGUGUUUAAGAGCACGAGUGGUGAGAAGCUGUUGGAGAUCCAGGCCGAUGAUGAUGAGGUGCUGUGCUGUGCCUUCUCUCCUGAUGACCACCUCAUCGCCACCUGCUCCAGUGACAGAAAGAUCAAGGUGUGGAAUGCAGAUCGAGGGACCCUGAUGAGGACGUUUGAUGAGGAGUAUGACGAGCAGAUCAACCACUGUCAGUUCACCAACACGGGACACCGCCUCCUGCUGGCCACCUGCUCCAAUGACAAGUUCACCAACACCAAGUUGUGGAACCUGAAUAAGCCUUCCUCUCAGAACACCAUGUUUGGACACACAGAUACUGUCAAUCACUGCUGCUUCUCUCCUGAUGAUAAGUACCUGGCCACCUCCUCCAGCGAUGGCACCCUCAAGAUGUUUGAGGUGACAUCAGCAAACGAGUGGAAGAGCAUCACCGUGAGCGACCAGUUCCCGGAGACGGACGAGGAGACGGGCGUCGUGGUGACGUGCAGCACAUGGUCUGCCGACGGCAAACGCAUCAUCUGUGCUGCCAAGAACGCCGUCUUUGUGUUUGACGUGGCCACCACAGACCUGGUGUGUGAGUUCCGGACGAGUCGCUCGAGCACCGUGCAGUUCUGCCACGCCUGUCCAAACAGCCAGCUGCUGGCCAUCGCCCUGUCCCACUACACCGUGGAGCUGUGGGACUUUGAAUCCACAAAGAAGAUGGCUGACUGCAGCGGUCACCUGAGCUGGGUUCGAUGUGUGCAGUUCUCUCCUGACGGAUCACAACUCCUCUCCUGCUCGGAUGACCAGACCAUCAGGCUCUGGGAGACUAAGAAGGUUCACACCUCCUCUUCCGCUUCCCUCAAGAGGGACUCUGACGUGCUCUUCACCAACGGUGACAUCACAGUGGUUGCCGCCGACAACCGCAACCGCCUACAGGUACGGAGUGGGCCCACAGGGUCUGUGGUGUUUGAGUCUGAGGAGCAGGAGUCCAGGAUCCGCUGCACCUGCAUCUGCAGACAGCCUGCUGUAGCGGCCCUGGGGAGAGAGGAUGGAGCAGUGAAGACAGAGAGGCUCUCGGCUAGGCAGGUUCUGAGGAGCAUCGGCAGGAGGGCUGUACAGAUGCUGAGCCCCCACAGGGCCUUUGUGCUCGGGAUAGGCCUAGAGACAGGCACAGCACAGGUGAUGGAGAUUCCCUCAGGAGCAACACUAGCGACACUCUCCGGUCACACCAGAACGGUCUUCCACUGUCAGUUCACUGAGGACGGACAACAGCUGAUCACCUCGUCAGAGGACACCACCAUCAGGGUGUGGAGGUGGCAGACAGGGGAAUGUCUGGUCCUGAAGGGACACACAGAGUCAGUCAGAAGGUUCUCUCUUCUUCCACCUGCUUCCUCCUCCUCGUCAUCUUCUCCAUGUCUGCUCUCGUGGUCUUUCGACGGAACCGUCAAGGUAUGGGACAUGGUCACGGGUGAGAAACUCCAGGACGUCGACGGUCACCAUGGUGCCAUCCUGUCCGCUGACAUCUCCUCUGAUGGGCGGAGGUUUGCCACGGCGUCCGCUGACCAGACCGCAAAGGUGUGGAGCUGUGAAUCCUGGGAGCUGGUCCACACCCUGAACGGACACAAGGACUGCGUCCGCAGCUGCCGUUUCUCUGGUGACGGCCAGCGCCUGGCAACCGGUGACGACAACGGAGAGAUCCGACUGUGGAACAUGCUGGAUGGAACCCUGCUGAAGAUCUGUUGCCGUGGCGAUAAGGAUGCCAUGGAUUCUCAGCAUGGAGGCUGGGUGACUGAUCUGCACUUCUCCCCAGACAACAAGGUGCUGCUGUCCACCGGGGGAUACAUUAAGUGGUGGAGCGUUGAGAAGGGCGAGGCCUUGCAGACCUUCUACCCCAGCGGAGCCCACCUGAAGAGGAUCCACGUGUCGCCCGACUUCUCCACCUUCGUCACCAUCGACAGCAUCGGCAUCCUCUACAUCCUCAAAAAGGUGGAAUGAGACCGAGCUUCCAGAAUCCUCGCCACCGGAAUCCUCUGCAUCCUGAAGAAGGUGGAAUGAGAUUGAGCUUCCGGAACGUUCACAGUCGAUAGCAUGGGAAUCUUCUACAUCCCAGAGAAAGUGGAAUGAGAACUUUAAUGACAAUAAAAAAAAUAAAAAAAAUAAACCCUAUGUAAUUCCCCUUCUCACUGUGGUGUGGGUGUGUAAGCCCCACUGGAGUGGAGGCUGUUGAUGCUGGGAUUUGUAGUAUUUUUAAAUCUUCUAGCGCCGUUUGUGCUAAUUUUGUGAUGCAUUGUGCUCUGCCUAGUGGUGUAGUGAGUCCAAUGGCCUUCCAUAAGGAGAGUUGUGUCUUUCCUGGGACAGUCUGCUUCUCAUGGACAUGUACCAUAUGUUAGCUGACCCACAUUUUAAAAAUGCAGGUCCACGUUUCUCUUUCAUUUUCUACUUCUUUUUCACUCGGGCAACAGAAGGCAGUCUUUUCUUUGUGUGCUUUGUGGCACCUGCCUGUUUAUAUCAAUGCCUUCAUUUCUAAAAAUAGUCUGAUUUGUUUUCUUUUAUAACUCUCUGUCCUGUGGUGUUUCUGAAGCCAUCUAUCAUGCAUCGGGUGCAAUACUGCAUGAGGUCUCUGCUGUACGUUUUACAAGUAGACUUGAGUUAAGCUUGUUGAUUUUGCACAGCCAGCGAUUACAAUCAAUGUGAAACUUUCGAAAUGGAAAAAAAUUCCCUUCACCGCAGACCUGUUUACAUGUCUUUUUGAGCUACAGACUGUUCAAUGUCUUGAUGAACCAAACCUUUCUCUCUUAUCUUAGUUUACAAUACAAAAUGGACGGGCUUUAAAAUAAGAAAUCAGGGGUUUGCCUUGCAAUAUGUAGUACAUCCACAGCUGAAUAUGUGGCAAACCCCUCUAAUGAGAUACAGUAUCCUGGAGCCAUUGAACUGUCAUUAUGGGUGCAUGUAAUAUUUCAUUAUGGGUGCGUGUGAUAUCUCAUGCCUGGUGCACUACUUAUCUGAUCGAGCUCUCCAGCCUCUUCUCAAUAAUUCAGUGCCCUUCGGACCAGCCCCCUUCUGAAUGCCUUAGAAUCGCCUCGGGUGCUUUUUUGCUCUAGUCAAUCAGAACUGAUCUGUUUGACCCAGUAGGGGUCAUUCAGGAUGCACUCAGGGUCAAACCUUUGAUGAUAAAAUACAUAGUCCUGUUUAUAUGUGUUGUUGCAUGAUGCACCUAAUUUAUACAUGUUCUUGCAAUAAAGCUGUGAAUCCAA